GGGAGCUCUAGCCAUUUCUUAUGUCUAUGGUCUAGUCUUCCGCCCGCCCAUUCGAUGGAUGGGUAGGUUUCAGUUUCCAGUUCCUAGAAAUCACGUGACGGAUUGAGGUGUGUGAGAUUAUUUGUAUCGUUUCUCUUUGGACUCGUAUAUUGUAUACCGGAAAUCAGCCUGUCUUGUUGUGGAGCAAGUUGUGGUUGUGCGUAACUCCACCAUCUACAAAGAGGAUUCCCAACCCUAAUGUUGGGAUCUCUUCCCGGCUGCAAUGGAGGAACCAGCGGUGUCAGUGCUGAAGCGGGCGGUGGAACUGGACUCUGCAUCUCGUUUCCAAGAGUCGCUCAUUUGCUACCAGGAAGGGAUUGACCUCCUGCUGCGGGUGCUUAAAGCUACAAAGGAUGAGAAGAAAAAGGCUCAUUACAGAGAAAAAAUAUCAAGUUACAUGAACAGAGCUGAAGAUAUUAAGAAAUAUAUUGAGAAAGAGAAGGAAGAUGGAAAGUACCACAAACAAAUUAAAAUUGAAGAAAACACAAAAGGCUUCAGCUAUGAAAAGCUAUUUCAACAAUAUCUUAGUGAAACUGUGUCAGAGGUUUGGAUUGAGGACCCUUAUAUUAGGCAAGUUCAUCAGUUGUACAACUUUUUACGAUUCUGUGAAAUGCUUGUUAAGGGACCAUGCAAAGUGAGAACUAUCCACCUUCUUACCUCUUAUGAUGAAGGCAAUGGAAAGACUCAACAGAUGAGUGUUCUAGAAGAGAUACAACAGUCCCUGAAAGAUUAUGGCGUAACAUUGGAUGUAUCCUACUCUCCUUCUAUACAUGAUCGAGAAAUAAGAUUCAACAAUGGAUGGGUGAUUAAGAUUGGAAGAGGCCUUGACUAUUUUAAGAAACCACAGGGUCGUUUUUGCCUUGGAUAUUGUGACUUUGAUUUGAGACCAUGUCACGAAACUACUGUGGACAUCUUUCACAUCAAACAUACAAAGAAAACAUGACCUUAUUCUCUACUUCAAGUAGUCUUACUGUUGUUGUUUUUAAAGUUUCAGCUAUCUUACCUACAUCUACCAUGUGUUCUUUUUAUAAAAUAAUCUGAAUUUUGUACAUCAUGUGGUAAUUUCUUGAAUGAGCAAGGACGGGCCAGAUAUGCUGCAACCACUUCUGCCACAAAUGCUUACAGAAUGUGUGGUCAGAGAAACACAAGACUACUGGUGAGCAUGAACAGUAUUCUGAAGAACAGUAACCAAAAGAGGCACAACAGCCUAGAACAAGUGUAGUAUAAUUGGGCCCUGAGGAAGUCUACAAGCAAUGGAAGAAGGCAUGGGCAUUCCCGGGAACAUCAGUUGCUAGAUUAACCUCUAUGCUUGGGCUUGCUGUCUCAGGAUACCACAUAGUGGCUAACUUUUCCUGUUCAAAAGCUAGAGGAGCUGUAAUUCAACAUAGUAAAUAUUUACUUGAAAACAAUUUAUUUCAAAGAACUUACUUCCAAAUAAAUGAACUUAAGAUCACAAUGUGAGAGUUAAUCCAGUCUGAAAAAGCAGUACAUUGUAUGGCAUCCAUAUUUCAUGAAUGUUGUGUUUCCUUGGGAUUCAAAAGGAAUGAAUUGCGCUUCUUAGGACAAUUGUUCUUAUGACUGUCACUGAAUAAAUGGUUUUUCAUAAAUAUAUAAAUACAUAUUUAAAUAUGGCUGUAUUUUUAAUAUUUAUAAGCUGUUACAAGAACCUCUGAGAUAUAAUUGUUUGAAAUUAUUUAAAAAAUGGAAGCUUUUCAAUUAAUAAAAAUUCUCAAUGCA